UGUUGCUAAUUAGACGACUCAUUGCUAGAUCAGAGGAAAGAUCUCAUUUAUUUCAAGUGAUGUCCGACGAAAGAUCAGUACUGGUCAAGUUGUUGUUACUCUGGCAGGUGCAUGCAAGGAGCUUAUUGAUAAUGCGUUGGAUGCCGAAGCUACAAUAAUUGAAGUACGUGUUAAGAAUUUUGGUUAUGAGCUAAUGGAAGUUAAUGACAAUGGUUCCGGCAUCAGAUCUGAUGACUUUGAUCAACUCUGUAAACCUCACGCAACGUCAAAGCUAGGAAAUAUUGGUGAUUUUUCAUCUCUUACAACGUUCGGCUUUCGCGGUGAGGCGUUAAACGCUCUAUGUGCUCUAAGUUUGAUAAGCAUAACAACUCGUCAUAAAAAUGAGGAAGUUGGGACUCGGUUGAUUUUCGACCAUGGCGCUAAAAUUAUAUCAAAAGAAAGCUGCGCGUGGCCGGUUGGCACAACAGUUUCUGUAAGAAGUUUGUUUGAACCACUGCCUGUCAGGAGGAAGGAGUUGGAACGAACGAUAAAAAAAGAGUUUUUUAAGCUUCUGACGACAGUACAUUCUACUUGUCUACUUGGGCAUGUUACAAAUGCUUGUUUCAGAAAAAAACACCAGGCUUUACUUUCUCCUGGAGGAAAUGCCUCUAUAAAAGACGUAAUCGUUAGUUUAUUUGGUGCUCGAGCUGAAAGAGGAGCCAUUUUGGAAAUUGUGCAAGUAAACCCUGAUGAAGAAGUCUGUUCACUCUAUUCAGUCCCUCCUGAAACGAACUUCGAUGACAUCCGACUCUCUGGGUAUAUUAGUUCUUGCGAGCACGGCCAUGGCAGGAGUAGCAACGAUAGACAGUUCAUUUUUUUCAAUAAACGGCCAGUGCACUACCCAAAGCUUUGUCGGAUCGCUAACGAAGUUUACCAGAUGUAUAAUUCUGGGCAGUAUUGUAUGCUCAUACUGUUUGUUGAAGCACCUCCAGGCCUAAUUGACGUGAAUGUUUCUCCUGAUAAACAGAUGGUUUAUUUCGAACGCGAAAAAGAUUUAUUCGCUCUUCUAAGAUCUUCUUUACUGGCUACAUUUGUUCCACUGCUUGGUUGCACGCAGUCUGUUAGGACUCUAAACUGGCAUAUUUUUGGUUCCAUUUUUAGAAAGGACGAUUUUGAACGUAUGGUUAUAAUCGGGCAGUUUAACAAAGGCUUUAUAGUAACACGUUUGCAUGGUGACCUUUUCAUCGUAGACCAACACGCGAGUGAUGAGAAAUACAAUUUUGAGAGGUUCCAAAAGAAGGCACGAAUCCAGUCACAAGCCCUGUUAAGGCCAUUACCCCUGGGUCUUGGAGCGUUUGAUGAGUCUCUACUGCAAGAUCACCUAGAAAUUUUUAACUACAAUGGUUUCGAGUUUCAAAUAAAUGAAGAAGGUAUGAUACAAGACUUCAGGUUUAAUAAUGAGACAUUUGGAUACAUUGACGAAAUGCUUUCUGUACUUCGUGAAUUCCCGGGUACCAUGUAUAGGCCGGCAAAACUCCGAAAAUUGUUUGCUCUUCGUGCAUGUAGGAAGUCAGUGAUGAUCGGAACUGUGCUAACUACCUAUCAAAUGGAAAAAAACUGCCCACACGGUCGUCCAACAGUUCGCCACCUUUGUUCACUAGAAGUUUCGAAGCCAUCAGCAGAAGGAAUCAAAAUUAUAUCUCUUGAGGAAGACAAGAGUCGAGAUGUAACGGAAGAUUGUUAUCGUGAAGAGGAAGAUCCUGUGAAAUAG